CGCAGGCCCUCCCUCCCUCCCCGCGCCCGGCGGGACCCUGCGCCUGUGUCGGGCGAGGCCGGCGUCCGGCAGAUGCACGCGGGGCGGGGGCCGGGGGAGAGGCGGGGAGAGAGAGAACCCACAACAAAACUUGGCGUCGCUGCGCGCACGGCGCGACUUGAAUGACAGCCGCCCGCGCCCGCGGAGCGCAGCCGACACCCGGGAGCCUGUUCCGCCCACGGCGCGGCGCGCAGCAGCAGGUACUGGCAGAGGCCAGAGGUAUCAGAACUCCUGGAGCUGGGGUUGCAGGUGGCUGUAAGCCAUCCCAGGGAGUGCUGGGCUCCGGUCUUCUGCAAGUGGGGUACUGCUCUUAACCAACAGAUAAGCCUGUGGAUUUUUAUGGAGACAAGCCAAAGGUGAGGGAAGAAAGCCAGCCUGUCCAGCACCAUGGCCAGCAGCAGGGGCCUGUCACUCCUGCUGCUGCUGCCACAGCUGCUCCUGGGCCCCGUGCUGGCCGUGAGGGCACCUGGGUUUGGCCGAAGUGCCGCCCACAGCCUGAGCCCUGAGGAGAACGAAUCUGUGGAGGAGGAGCAGCCUGUGCUAGUCCUGAGUCCUGAGGAGCCAGAGCCGGGCCCAGCCCCCAUCGACUGUCCCCGAGAUUGUGCCUGCUCCCAGGAAGGUGUUGUGGACUGUGGUGGCAUUGACCUGCGUGAGUUUCCAGGCGACCUGCCCGAGCACACCAACCAUCUGUCCCUGCAGAACAACCAGCUGGAGAAGAUCUACCCCGAGGAGCUGGCUCGGCUGCAGCGGCUGGAGACACUCAACCUUCAGAACAACCGUCUAACUUCCCGAGGGCUCCCAGAGGAGGCGUUUCAGCAUCUGACUAGCCUCAAUUACCUGUACCUGGCCAACAACAAGCUAACAUUGGCACCCCGAUUCCUGCCAAAUGCCCUGAUCAGUGUGGACUUCGCUGCCAAUUAUCUCACUAAGAUCUAUGGACUCACCUUUGGCCAAAAGCCAAAUCUGAGGUCUGUGUACCUGCACAACAACAAGCUAGCAGAUGCCGGUCUGCCCGACAACAUGUUCAAUGGCUCCAGCAACGUCGAGAUCCUCAUCCUGUCCAGCAACUUCCUGCGCCACGUGCCCAAACAUCUGCCACCUGCCCUGUACAAGUUGCAUCUCAAGAACAACAAGCUAGAGAAGAUCCCCCCUGGGGCCUUCAGUGAGCUGAGCAACCUUCGAGAGCUAUACCUACAAAACAACUACCUGACCGAUGAAGGCCUGGACAAUGAGACCUUCUGGAAGCUCUCCAGCCUGGAGUACCUGGACCUGUCCAGCAACAACCUGUCACGGGUCCCCGCUGGCCUUCCCCGCAGCCUGGUCCUGCUGCACCUGGAGAAGAACGUCAUCCAGAGCGUAGACGCUGAUGUGCUGACACCCAUCCGCAGCCUUGAGUAUCUGCUGCUGCACAGCAACCAGCUGCGGGCUGAGGGCAUCCACCCGUUGGCAUUCCAGGGCCUCAAGCGGCUGCACACGGUGCACCUCUACAACAACGCGCUGGAGCGCGUGCCCGGUGGCCUGCCCCGCCGAGUUCGCACCCUCAUGAUCCUGCACAACCAGAUCACAGGCAUCGGCCGUGAGGACUUCGCCACCACCUACUUCCUGGAAGAACUCAACCUCAGCUAUAACCGCAUCACCAGCCCGCAGAUGCACCGGGAUGCCUUCCGAAAGCUGCGCCUGCUGCGUUCCCUGGACCUGUCCGGCAACCGCCUGCAAACCCUGCCUCCGGGCCUGCCUAGAAAUGUGCACGUGCUGAAGGUCAAGCGCAAUGAGUUGGCUGCCCUGGCGCGCGGGGCACUGGCUGGCAUGGCCCAGCUACGGGAACUCUACCUCACAGGAAACCGACUGCGUAGCCGGGCCCUGGGACCCCGUGCCUGGGUGGACCUUGCUGGUCUGCAGCUGCUGGACAUCGCUGGGAACCAGCUCACAGAGAUCCCCCAGGGGCUCCCCCCAUCGCUCGAGUACCUGUACCUGCAGAAUAACAAGAUCAGCUCUGUUCCUGCCAACGCUUUUGACUCCACUCCCAACCUCAAGGGGAUCUUUCUCAGAUUCAACAAGCUGGCCGUGGGCUCCGUGGUGGAAAGCGCCUUCCGGAGGCUGAAACACCUGCAGGUCUUGGACAUUGAAGGCAACUUUGAGUUUGGUGGCACUUCCAAGGACCGGGGCCACACAGAUGAGGAAGAGGAAGAAGAGGAGGAGGAGGAGGAUGAAGAAGAGGAAACAGGAUCGUAACAAAGUGACACAGAUCUGACCCAGGACGAUGGCCCUCCGGACUCCCUUCUGCAGCCCAGGCCUGUGCCCCGUGAGCGCCCCUUCUGACACACCCAGCGCUGAGCCCAAGGGGCAUCCGAAUGCCAGAGGCUGAACACAGUCUCGUGUGCCACCCCUUCCUAUAAUGUGUUACACAAGCAGACACGUGCAGACACCACACCCCCAGCCUGGCCACACAGAUAGCCAGCUGCACAUGACCCUCCAAGCUGGCUGUCUGCACAGUCUCACACCAACACACACACACACACACACACACACACACACACA